GUGACGACGACAAAAUGAAGCGUCGGUCUAACAGGCUUGUGUCUUUGACACAGAGCAACAGUAAAAAAUCUCUGUAGUUCAGUAAAAUAAGUUGCGUAUUCAUGUAUUUUUUUAUGUAGUUAUAUCUUUCAAUUGUUUAGCAACAAAGCGGGUUUUAGGACUUAACUAUGGCUUACACGCUAAUUUUGAAAGCUCUGCACCGAAAUGUCCCACACACGGCGACCCAGUUCUCCUUGCAGAAAUGUAAACUCGCGCAGGUUGGCGUGCUUGUGCACACGCGCAGGGCAAUGUCCAAAACAUCAGGACUAACCUCAUUUAGAAUAGAUAAUCUUUCCUCUGGUCUGAGCUGUCUCACUCACGCACAGAGCCGGCGGGGUAUUUCUGUGGACUUUACAGCCAGAAACAGAAGCAGCCCCGAAGACAGAGAGAAGUCAGUGUCCAGGUAUCAGAGUGGGAGACCUUCAGCUGGCCAGAAAGUAAAAGAGGCUGGCAGAGACUUCACCUACCUGAUAGUAGUACUCAUCGGGCUUGGAGUGACAGGUGGGCUGUUGUAUGUGGUUUUCCAGGAGCUCUUCUCCUCCUCAAGCCCAAAUAAAGUCUACGGAAGAGCCUUUGACAAAGUUAAAUCCCACCCAGAGGUGAUUGGUGCAUUUGGUGAGCCAAUAAAAUGUUAUGGGGAAACCACACGUCGAGGGAGGAGGCAACAAGUCAGCCAUAUAGAGUACCUAAAAGAUGGUCUGAAGCAUAUGAGACUUAAGUUUUACAUUGAAGGCUCGGAGCCAGGCCUGAAAGGAACUGUUCAUUCAGAGUCAAAAGAGAAUCCUGAAACUGGAAAAUACGAGUUUCGAUAUAUAUUUGUAGAUGUAGACACCUACCCAAGACGGACCAUCAUUGUAGAAGACAACAGAUGAGAAAGAUGUCUGCCACCCAGAGGUGUGACUGCACUGAUGCAGCAUUAUUAGAAAACAAAUCAUGUCUAUAUGUUUAUCUAAAAAGUUGGUUUGUGUGUCUGGAUGAAAAGAUUUAAUGCCUAUGCGCUCUUGAUUACUAAGUUAUGCAAGUUCCCAGUGUUAAUUGAACCCUCCACUUUGUUAAAUUUGAUUUGCAGUCUUGUCCAUGUAGAUUAUUGCCAUGUAUUUGUAUAAGUGUUCUCAAUAAAUACUUCAGUUUUUGCCAGUUGCAGGUUGCAUUGUAUUUUAAAAUAGUCACCACCAGAUGGAAGCAAAGAAUUGAAUCAGGGACUUUGUAGAUUUUAUUUUCACUCACAUCUUCAGAAGUAUUUGUGUAUGUCUUUUGGUUAUAGUGUAAAAUUGCAACUUUGAGUCUCAUUAAAACUGAAUUUCUAAAUUU